AACCUUGGUUUUCUAAGUUUAAUUUCCCAAAAAAAGUAACAUCUACCAUAUCGAGAUUAAGAUUUGGCCAUUGUAGUUUACCCAGUCAUUUAUCGAGAAUUGGUGUCGUUGACUCAGAUGCUUGUGAACAUUGCAAUACCAAUGGAAACAUCGAACAUACAUUAUUUGAAUGUGUCAAAUACAAAUCCAAACCACUUUAUGAAUUCCUUAUAAAAUUUCGUGCUCCUCUCCCUUGUGACUCCUACACUAUACUUUCCUUUGUUGAUUUCAAAUAUACUAAAGCUCUUAUUUCUUUUCUAACCUUCCAUAAUAUUUUAUUAUAAUAUCUUUUCUUCUUUACAUUACUAUAUUUUACUAUAUGUAUAUAUUGCCCUAGUUCCUCCUAUACCGCCUAUUUCUAAAGUCCCUGCUCCUAUCCCUCUACACUGGAAUAUCAUGGCAACUUGACAUUUCAAGAUGAAGUUACUAUGUCGCCUUUGGCUGACUCGACUCUGGCUAAAAUAAGCUUCCGAAUGAAGUUUGAUCGCCAUAUUGAAGAAAAAAAAAAAAAAACUUUAUAUGUCGUACUGUCAAAAAAACGUGGUGUUAUUCAUAAAUCUUGAUAUAUUUUUGGUUUAUUUGUGUAUUAAAUAUGGAUAUAAGAGUGUAAAUUGCAAUGUGCGCAGAUUGUAAUAAUAAUACUAAAAUCGGAAAUCCUUAGUAUUGAUGCAUUUUGAAAUAACAAAUAAAAUUUAUAAGAAUUGGGUGCACAUCGUACUGUUCGUAGGGUUUAUCGUUACUGUAUCGGUUUGUGUCAAUUAAAAUAGAAGUUAAGGUUUUUGGAAUACAAAUAUUUAUAAAUCAUUAUAAUGGGCAAACAACGAAAAACGAGGAAAAUAGUAGAGAAAAGAUUUGCAAAAAUGAAAAAAAUGAUCAACCCCAGCGACUCUCGGAUAAAAAAUAGCGAAAGGAGUGAACCAAAGAAGAAGAAACCUGUAGAUCCUCAUGUAAUUAAAAUACGUGAAGUCCCACAAACAAGUUCCGCACUAUUCUUCCAAUACAACAUGCAGCUAGGACCGCCAUAUCAUGUACUAAUUGACACAAACUUCAUCAACUUCUCAAUAAAGAACAAACUUGAUAUCAUACAAAAUAUGAUGGAUUGUCUUUAUGCUAAAUGCAUACCAUAUAUUACUGAUUGUGUCCUUGGAGAAUUGGAAAAACUUGGAAGAAAGUAUAGAGUAGCUUUAAGGAUUAUCAAGGACCCACGAUUUGAGAGGAUAGCAUGUCUUCACAAAGGUACAUAUGCUGAUGAUUGUUUAGUACAAAGAGUUACACAACAUAAAUGUUAUAUUGUAGCUACAAAUGACAAAGAUUUGAAACGAAGAAUUAGAAAAAUACCAGGUGUGCCUAUAAUGUAUGUUGCGGAACACAAGUAUACAAUAGAACGAAUGCCGGAUGCAUAUGGUGCUCCAAAAGGAGCAAUUUAACAUUAGAUAUUUAAUUUAAUAAAUAUUAUAUUAUAAA